AUGGCUUCAGUUGACCAGGAUCCGCUUCUGUUGCUCCGGCAGUCAAUCGCGUCUGGCAGUCCCAUCUUCCCAACCGCGUCUGCUGAACCCUCCGCUCCCGAAGUCCGCCUGGCGCAAGCAACACACCUCACCUUCACGACACCUACCCGGAUAUCGAUCCCGAUCGACACCGCGACGCGCUUCGUAUCGGAAAACACCCCCGUCGAUCUGCGCAGUAUCUACUUCGCCUGGCUCAAUCGCGAGGUCGCCAUUCCCGAGUACAACACUUUCGCAUCGCAGUUGAACGAUGAGCUGGGAACGAGAGGUCCAGUCCGAGGGUUCGCCUUCUACCAGCGGCUUGACCUCAUUACAUGGCUCGAGGGAGCCAGUGAGGAGAGCGACUACAUCAAGCCACUAGCUGGAGACAAGGAUGGAUCAACCUCGACUGCAGCUGCGGCUCUGGCCUCCAAGGGCGCCGCUGCUCCAGCGAUUGGUACGACCUUAGGGAGGUCUGGAAAGGGAACUUUGGAUCCCAGACUAGCAGUCAUCUACAACAGCGAGCGGAAGAUGGGUGACCGGAACAGUGUGCUGAGAGGUAUCAAGUCGACGGACUUUACACACGUCCGCAAGCUUGCGGCCCUUUUCAUGGCGAAGAAACCAUCACAACCUUCGUCCUCGAACAUCUCCAGCAAUCCUGCUCUAGCAACACACCAAAAGCCUAAGCGGCCCGACCCCAUCAUCCUACUCUCGCCGUCCGCGUCUUCGUUACUACGAAUGUCGAAUAUCAAGUCCUUCCUCGAGAGCGGUCAAUAUGUGCCGCCCGAUUCUCUUGCUGCUAGCUCCAGUACGAGCGCGAGCAUGCUACAUAUCAACCGUUUGAUGAAGGACAUCGACCCUAACCGACCGAUGCGAUUUAUCCUCGUGGAAGGGCCUGAGCAGUUCAAGCCUGAGUACUGGAGUCGUGUGGUUGCCGUUUUCACCACCGGCCAGAGCUGGCAAUUCAAGAACUACAAAUGGAGCAAUCCGAUGGACCUGUGGCGCCAUGUACCGGGCAUCUUUGUGGGCUGGCGUGGCGAGCAGCCCCCUGAAAGCGUCAGAGGCUGGGGCCACAGGGUGAUGAACGUUGGUGUGGACAGGUGGAAGGACACAGGAGCCACGGGGAUGGACUCGAGUCGGUGGAGAGAUCGGGAGGCUGUGGAGGGUAUCUGGAAGGCGAUCGAGGGCAACAUGCGAAGCAAGGGCUGGAAACGUGACCGGGCUCCAGCCUUGAUAUGA